CUCUGGUUCUACGAAGGCAGCAAAUGUUGUCCAUGCUUACAGCAAUAUGACGGAAUAAUCUACUCGGAAUCUGAAGCCUGACUAGUAAACAAUCACGUCUAAGAACGCCCUGGACCGUUUGAUUUGACACGUGAUUCAUCAACUGGCUCUAUAUACAUUGCCAUAUCCGAUAUACCCGAGAUGGAUGCUCACCUACCAUCAAAGCGUAGACGGAUUAUCACUUCUUGCUCCGAGUGCCAUCGCAGGAAACAAAAGUGUGACCGGAGAUCCCCAUGUAACAAUUGCCUAGCACGGAAGGUUGCGAAGAAGUGCGUGUAUAAUGCAUUCCAGAAUCCUGGCCAAAUACCGGAAUCAGCAGAGGUGUUAGAGCCUGAGAAUCCCCGAGGCUCGGGAGAUCUCGGGUACUCCUUGAUUGCCGGGAGUAAUGCUUUUGUAGGGUUGAAAGAAAUCUUGCAAGACGAUGACGAGUUUCAGCACAUAAAUUCCGCUCAUAACCGUCCUUUCCGCUCGCCUAUCUUGAAGACGCAUGCUCGUGCGCUCAUAUCACAGUUACCCUCAAGUCAAGUACUGCAACAGCUUGUGGCUAUAUUCUUUUCUGAGGUGAACUGGCAUUAUUAUAUAUUGGAAAGGUUUUACUUCGACGACCUCUUCUCACGAUGGCAAUCUUCGGAAGGGGGCUCUGUCAAGUACCUGACUCAUCGAGAACUAUCUCUGGAGUUGCAAUACUUCGCAGCUGUCCUAUUCCAGGUGGUGGCCCUCUCACUUCAGUUUUUACCACCUGAUGCCCUUGCUUUGACUCAGUUAUCAUCGAAUGAACUUUCUUCAUCAUACAAGUAUAGCGAGAUAGGGGAUGAGCUAGUAACAGUAUUAGGUAGACAUGGUGUUGCGCUCACCGCUGUACUGGCAGACUUUCUGAGGGCAUCCUGGCUUAAAAACCUUGGGAGGGGCAUUGAAGCAUGGCAUAGUGCGGGAAACGCCAUUAGGCAAGCACUGGAACUCAAUUUACACCGGCACCACGAAAUACACCAAUCAAGCCCGGACAAUAUCGAACAGACCCUGAGCAUGAUCUGGUAUGGCGAAUACAAAAAGCGCAUAUGGAUUAACCUGUUUGUCUGGGAUAGUCUCAUGGCCAUGAUACUUGGCCGUCCUCGAACAAUUCACUCCGAUGAUUGUGAUAUGAAACCGCCAAUCGACUGUAAUAUUCCCAAGGAUCCUUCAAAAACAGUACCAAUGACGGUUCAGCCAGGUGAGCCUCAAAAUGGGCCCACCACAGUAUCAGCUUCUCUAUUUCGAUAUGCAUUGGCGGGCAAGUAUCAUGAGAUGAGGGCCCUGAAAGCAGACAGGCCUCAUCCCAAGGACCAUGCUAUCAUUCAAAACCUGCACGGGCAGGUAAAAUCCUUGCUAGAAAAUGUGCCCCCUUAUCUUCGAUUCAAAAAUCCGGACACUUUCUGGGACGCAGAAUAUCCGUUCCUACCCCAGUUACGCGAGGAGGUUUAUAUGACAGGAAACCUGUUUCUGAUGUCAUUGCACAGACCACAUGUCCUUGCUAACGCAGAAAGCCGCAAGGCUGCAUUGGAAGCCUCGUUGGCCACCUUGGAGUCGCAGCAGCGCUUUUUCGGACAAACGAGUGAACAUCUCUAUCCUUUUUUUGGGCUUGCCUUCUACACCAUAGAUGCGUCGAUCCUAUUGUCGAUAAUUGUGGCAUCGUAUCCACCGCAGGGCCAUGAAGCGAGACAAUACGUCUAUCAUAUCCUCCAGCAGGCGGUUGAACGAUUGUCCCAAAUACAGGCUUACAAUCCAGUAGCGAAGUCAGGGCUCGGUAUAGUUCAACGUUGCUAUGAAAAAUUAAAGGAAGCCUGUCAUACCCCUAACAACACUUCUAUCGCACCCUCAUCAUCUGCUGCCUCGCCUCGAUAUGAGCUGCAAAACCUUCUUCUCGAGCUGAAUAAUCGGAAUAGUGCAGCGCCGAAAGACUUCCAGCCAGGUUUUGCCUCCCCUAAUAGGCCCACCGAGCUGGAACCUUUCAUGCCAGACUUUGCUGCUGUACCCGAUAGCUUCAGCGAAGCCUACUGGCUAGAUCAAUUAAAUCUCAUCCAGGCGUCACCCGCUAUUGGGCAAGACGGCGAUAUGUUUUGGGAUUCUCUGUUGUUCGGUCGCAACAUUUUUUAGUCCAGUGCCUGUUUCAAAUUACUACAUAUAAACCUGCCAUCUCAAAAAGGUCUAUCCAUGUGCGCUGUUCGCGAUUGGCGAAUAGAUAUACAUCGUUGCGGCUGAUGCUCUGCAGUCGCCAGAAUGACACUCGAUUUCUGAAACGGGGGUUGGUUAUCUCCAUCCCCGACAAUCAAUUGAAUAUCCUCCUUCGCUCGGUUUCCUUUGCUUCAGCCGAAGACGUGAACCCCUUACCUUAUCGUCGAUCCAACGCACUGCAGGUUUUUGUUGGACGACAUUCUUUUUGGGUUAGAAGGGAAAGUAGAUCUUUUGAGAUACUUUUUAUUGUUAUUAUUUUUAAUGCUAUCAUCAUGAGUAUACAAAUUCCGGGCAUGAUUAUAUUCAAUUUUAUGAAAUCGCCACCCAUAUAUGACAGGAUAAGCUACAUGCAACGAUAAAUAAUGGAAGCGUCCACAGCCUUUGUGCGAGGAGAACGAAUGAAUGCAGGCUUGUUUAUAACACGUCUGGACUCUUCCGAAUCCGAUCUUCUAAUAAAAUUUCGGGCGAGAUUAUCGCCGAUGGUAGCAAAAGAUGUGAUAACUGGAGUAAUGACCCCGAAAACAGGACCCUUCGCCACGAGGCCUUCGGCCGAAGAUCUAUC